AUGGAGGAGUAUAUACAAUUGGCAGAAAGGUGUGGAUUGAGUGGAUCAGAAGCCUUGGCGUAUGCCACUGAACAGAAGGAGAAGGCGGACGAAAGAGCGGAGAGAAUCGCAGCCAGAGAAGAGGGAGAAAAAGAGAGACAAUUUGAAGUUACGGCCAGAGAAGAGAGAGAAAAAGAGAGACAGCAUGAGCUAGAGCUGGAGCGCAUCCGAGCGGAGAGAGCGAGUUCAACAGAACAACAGGCGGCGUCGGCCAAGAAGCCCAAGUUACCUGCGUUCGUGGAUGGCAAGGACGAUUUGGACGCCUACCUGGCGCGGUUCGAGAGGACAGCAGCUCGGUGCGGGUGGGCCAGAGAGGAAUGGGCCACUAACUUGAGUGCUCUUCUGACCGGGAGGGCUCUCAACGUGUAUUCUCGGCUAAGCGAGCGUGAUGCAAAUGACUACCAGCAAGUAAAGGAAGCCCUGCUACAGCGCUACGGUUUGACGGCGGAGGGCUACCGCCGUAAGCUCCGAGAGAGCGGACCCGAGCCGGAUGAGAGCCCACCUCAAUAUCUGGAGCGGCUGACGGGCUACCUGCGCCGUUGGGUGAGCUUGGCUGGCGAGGAUUUAGAAGACCUAGUUGUGUAUGAACAGUUUAUGGAAGCAUGUCCGAAACAACUGCAGACGCAUCUACGCGAGCGCGUUGACUAUGACCUGAAAGAUUUGGGUGAGCAGGCUUCAAAAUUCUUAGAAGCUCACGACCGCUCGCUUUACAACUGGCCCAGACGCGCCAACGCCAGUGGUGAUUCAUCCUCCUCGCCCUCUCUACAGGCUUACGGUUCAGCAACUGCGCUACCGACGGCGGUCCAAGAUGGUUGCGUCUUUUGUGGGUACCCUCAUCCAUCGGAAGAGUGUAGGAAGACGCGGGACCUCACGCCGGCUGAGCGACGAGAGCGCUUGAUGCGCCGAGCGGGGUGCUUCUGGUGCCUGAAGCCGGCCUCUCACAGAGCAGUUGACUGCCGCCAGGGCCUGGCGCGCUGCUCGAUCUGUAAUGGCAAGCACAAUCCCCUGCUAUGCGACCGGUCGUCUGUGCCAGCAGCAGCGAGGGGCAGCCAGUCGAGCAGCGGCACGUCACCCGCUCAAUCAGCCACGGUGACGGCGGCCAGUCGCACAGCCACCGAACCUGACCGUGUCGUGCUCAUGCAGACGGCCAAAGUGGAGGCAUCUGGACUGAAGAGCACGUGCCGCGUGCGAGUCAUGUGUGACUCAGGCAGCAACGCCACCUUCAUCAGAUCUGACACAGCACACAUGCUGGGCUGUCGGAUUCAGACAAGACAACCGCUCCAGGUGAGCACAUUCGGAGGAGGAAAGGCGUCGCAUCAGCUGAGUGAGAAGGUGGAAGUGGGACUGACCACACAGGAUGGGUCACUGCUACGUGUCGAGGCCUACAAGAUUCCCAAUAUAUGUGGCCCUCCGCCUGUCAUCGGCAUAGAAGAAAUACAGCUUCAUGAACACCUGAGAGGUCUGAAGCUGGCGGAGGAACCAGGUGCUGCACUGGCCAGGGGUGGUGAAAUUGAGAUUCUCCUCGGCCAGGACGUCCUGCAGGACGUUUUUGACGGUGACAUGCGCGUCGGUCAGUCCGGGCCAAUGGCGAUCAGCUCGCGGUUUGGCUGGAUCGUAUGCGGGCGGUCAGGCUGCGCCACUCCAGCCCCACAAGAGAUGAUGGCCAACUUCGUGCACACGGAGACGGAGUCGGUGAAGGCGACGCUGGAUGACUUGUGGACGCUGGAAGGCAUCGGGAUCAGCAGUGAUGGUGUAGGAGAUGGCAGCGUGAAGAAAACGCAGGAAGCCGCUGCCCUGCAGCAGUUCAAUGAAACCUGCACUCGCCUUCCUGACGGGCGCUAUCAGAACCGUUGGCCAUGGAAACAUGACACCGGGGACCUCCCCUCAAACGAAGCCAUGGCGCUCUCUCGCCUGGAGGCGUGCGAGCGGAGCCUGAGGAAGACUGGAAAACUGAGGCAAUAUGACAAUGCAAUCCAAGACUACAUCGAUCAAGGUCACGCUGAAGAGGCACCCCAGAUCCCCACUGGGAAGGUGCAUCUACUCCCGCACCAUGCAGUCUUCAAGUUAGACAAGAUCAGGAUUGUCUUUGACGCUGCCGCUGGCCAUCCCAACUCGCUGAACGAUCACGUCCUCUCUGGUCCAAACAUGAUUGCUGACCUUACCGGAGUGCUGCUCCGAUUUCGAACGAGAAGGAUCGGAGUCACCGCUGAUAUUGAGAAGGCAUUCCUUCAGCUGGCUCUACAUCCUGAUGACCGGGAUGUCACGAGGUUCCUGUGGAUGAAGGAUGCCUCCGAUCUCCGCCCCACCACCUACCGCAUGACGCGUGUGGUGUUCGGAGUGACCGCUUCGCCAUUCCUGCUUCAGGCAAGCGUACGUCAACAUCUGCAGCAGUAUGAGGAGGCAGACGGACAGCUGGUCGCUCGCCUGCGGCGCGACCUAUACUGUGAUGAUUUAAUCACCAGCGUGAAUACACAGGAAGAGGCUGAAGAGCUGUCACAGCGGACCCAAGAGAUCUUCAAUGAUGCCAAGAUGAAUAUGAGACACUGGACCUACAGCUUCGAGACGGACAAGGAGGCACACAAGCCUCUUGGCGAGGAGGCAACAGCUGAGCGUAAAGUGCUGGGCAUCUGCUGGAUCCCAGGGGACGAUCAGCUGGUGUUCAAAACUGCCUUUCUGAUGCAGCUCGGUCGAGAAGCACCGGAAACGAAGCGGAACAUUCUAAGCGUCUCAGCGCGCUUUUACGACCCGCUUGGCCUUCUUGUUCCCUUUCUGGUUCGAGCGAAGCUUCUGCUGAAGAGAUUAUGGAUCGCUGGCCAUUCCUGGGAUCAGACGGUAGCCAGUGACGUGCGCAAGGACUGGAGAAAGUGGCUUCUGGAGCUGGAGCAGAUCGACGGUUUCAGCAUCCCACGUCCCUACGCGACCGGCGGAGACUGCGGCUAUCAGCUACACAUGUUCUGCGACGCCAGUAUGGAGGCCAUGGCAGCAGCUGUGUACGUCAAACCGGAAGACAACUCACGCGCGCCCACUCUGGUGAUGGCUAAGGCCCGUCUCGCCCCACGCCAAGCCAUGUCAGUGCCUCGUCUCGAGCUGACAGCGGCCGUGAUCGGUGCCCGGUUAGUCACCUACGUGCAAAGUCAACUAGACAUCACCACCGAAAUCAGCGGCUGCUGGACUGACUCGAUGGUAGCGCUUCACUGGAUUAGAAGCAAUUCCCAGCGGUGGGGAGUAUACGUGCGAAACAGAAUCAACGAGAUCCAGAGCCUCUGCCCGCCGACCUUGUGGAAGCAUGUCCCGGGCAAUCAGAAUCCUGCUGAUCUGCCAUCCAAAGGAGUACCGGCGGCGCAGCUGAGGAGCAGCCUCUGGCUGCAUGGCCCAGAGUGGCUGGAAGGCGACAAUUCAGUCUGGCCUCCGCAGACUCCGACAAGCAACGAGCCAGCCGAAUGUACAGUGGAAGCAAAGAAGAUGGCGCUCACAACGGUAGGAACUCGCGCCAGAUCCACUGGGAUCGGACAAGUGAUGGACAUCAACCGCUACAGCAGCUGGAGGAAGCUGAUAAGGAUCACCGCCUGGGUGCUAAGAUGGGCUCGAGGCCGCAGCUUGGCGACAAGCCUCAGCGGUCCUUUGUCGACAAGUGAAAUCAGCACCGCUGAGCGUCUGUGGGUCAUGGACGCCCAACGAACCGAGUACGGCCAAGACCUGGAUGCCCUCCAAGCGGGUCUUGACCUGCCGCGUCAGUCGAGCUUGAAGGCUCUCAACCCCGUGCUAGAAGAGGGCAUACUGAGAAAGGAUGGACGACUUCAGUAUUCCAGUCUCUCAGAAGAGGAGAUACGACCGGUGAUUCUCCCGCCUGGUCACCGGCUGGUUUAUCUCCUGGCUAUGAAGAUCCACGAAGAACUCUGUCACGCUGGAGUUCAGCAAGUUGUGGAUGCCAUCAGAGAUCGCUAUUGGAUCACCCGGGGGCGGCAAACCGUGCGCGCCUCCCUGAACCAGUGCCGCAAAUGCCACUUGUUCCGAGCCCAACCGUUCGCCAUGAGACCGGCUCCUCUGCCUCGGAGCCGGGUGACAGCCGCUCGACCCUUCAGCUGCACUGGCAUCGACUACGCUGGGCCGCUAUAUGUGAAGCGGCCGUUUGGAUCCGAGCCCGAGAAGGUCUACAUAGCGGUUUUCACCUGUGCCGUCACGCGCGCCCUGCAUCUGGAGCUGGUGGGUUCCCUGCGGACGGAAGACUUCCUCCGCGCCUACCGUCGUUUUGCCGCUCGCAGACUCAGUCCGACCAGCAUUAUCAGCGACAACGCCACCAACUUCAAGGCCGCCUCUGCCGUCCUGGCCACGGAGGGAGUUUCUUGGAGCUUCAUCGUGGAGCGGGCUCCAUGGUGGGGCGGCUUCUGGGAGUCGAUGGUGAAACUUACGAAGCACGCGCUGCGCCGCACACUUGGUGCAGCACUUCUCUCAUGGGAGGAGCUAGAGACAGUGCUCUGUUCCGUGGAGGGGGCCAUCAAUGAACGUCCUCUCACUCAAGUCAGUGAUGACCCGGAUGACCUGCGACCGCUGAGACCGUCAGACUUCCUUCACUGCUCUCUGGAAUCUGGUCCGAGUCCCGUCCGGGAGAGCGAAGCCCAGCGCCUGACACGCCGCCGCCGUUACCAGAGCCGAGUCAUGGAAUCCCUGUGGAAUCGCUGGCAGCGUGAAUAUCUGAGGCACCUCAGAGAUCAGCACCGACCUGAAGUGGAGCUAGCACCCACAUCAGGCGAUCUCGUGCUGAUCGAAGGCGAGACCUCUCCCAAUCGCCUGACCUGGACAACUGGCGUGAUCUGUGCCACUGCCGUGCAUCCUGGACGGGAUGGACGAUCCCGUGCUGCCUCGGUGCGCACUGGGCGUGGUAUCGUAAGGCGGCCCAUACAGAAGCUGUAUCUCUUGGAGGCCGCAUCAGCCAGCCAGACGUCUCCAGAGGUCUGA